CACAAAUGAAAACUAUCAAAAACCUCUUUAAUUACAAAUGUCAAUUUUUCUGUUUGCAAACGUUUUGGUUAUUGUUUGUGCUUGUGUAUUGUCGCUUCGUCCCUUGUUCAAUUUUUUUUUUAGCAAAUAAGCAUUCGGGCCACUCCACUCUGUCCUGGUGCACUGAAGGACCCUGCAGCUGUCUAGCAUAGCCCUUUCCAUCAAUCAAAUACCUAUCUCAACAACCUUUUUGCGAAAUAUGACUGAUGAGGAUAUCAUUAGAAGAAGGCUAAUGUUUGAUGGCGACGGAACAGGGGAAGAUCGUAGGCUAAAUGACUUUCUUAAAAAUAUAUCAAAGUGGUUAAGAACAGACCACAAGACUGAAGAAGAUGGUCUUAUAAUGUUUGACUCAAUAACAGCACAAUUGGAAUUUGUCAAGCAUUCAAGGCGGUUGGCUCAUUUAAGACGCAGACAGAUAAACAAAGAACUACAAAUGUAUGCAAAUUUGUAUGAUGCCAUGCAAUCUCGGAUAAAUGAAAGAAAAGAUGAAAUUGAAACCCAGAAAAUAAGUUUGAAAAAUUCGAAAAUUAUAAAACACAACCAGAUGCAAUACAGUAUGUUAACCAAAUCCAUGAACCAAGAAACACCUCGCACGGAGAGUCUAAAAUAUUUAGACUGUCUACACAGUGACAUAAAAGACAUUGAAGCUCAAAAAGAAGAGGUCGAGGAGGGCCUUAAUGAUCGUAGAAAGUUGUUUAAGGUUCUGUCAUUGGCUGCAAACAAUUUACAGGAAUUGCUGUCCAAGGAGGAAACAGAUGGAGGCGGUAGAGUUACACAAAAGAGAAAAUAAGGACAAAGGAGUAUUUCCCUGACAGACAAUGACGCUGAUAAUAAAAAUGAUAAUAAUAAUUUAUUGGUGUUUUACUUCACAAAAUUUUCACAUUGCUAUUCAGUAUUUGAAUUUCUAUUUCCAUCUCUCUGAAUAAUAGUCUCAUUUUUUAUAAGGUACCUAUCUUUGCUACCAAACACAAUAAUUACAUCUCAAAUCUUCACCUCCAUUGAGAGUUUCUACAGGCGUUUUCACAUUGCCACAUUUGAAGGAGAGAAAAAAACAAAUCAAUCUUGCAUACAAUACAUUUUAUUCCAAUUAUGUUUGUAGAUAGUUCCAGCUAGUCAAUAUAAAUUUGAUAACUAGGUACCCGUAGAUGGGAAACACGAAAUAAUAAAGUUUUCAUAAAAUUUCUGUAGAAACAAAAAAUAUUUGCCCACAAUAUACUAUAAUGUACUUGGUUUACUUACUCUACAAGAACACCUAGGUACCUACUUAGCUAAUCUUAAAAAUUAAAAGUACAUAUAGAUAAAUUAUCAUUAUAAACAUUCAUUUAACAAUAUUUUUUAAAAUGGUUUAUAAUCUGUUGGAUAUUUUGAUGGCAAUACUCUCUCCAAAUAAUAAACAACAUGUUUCCAUUUCAAUUCUGCACAGGUUUCAAUAAUCUUUUUUUCUAUUUCCUCAUUUGGUUUUUCUUCUUGCAAUUUAUAUAGAUAUUUAAGCAUUCUUCCAUAUUGCUGUUUCACAAAGGAGUGCCAAAUUGCAAAAUAUAAAACGUGCGAAGUCAACA